AUGGAAAUGCCAGAUUCACAACGUUCUGGUAACCCUCGGGGCAUCCCACUCGUCUGGCUUCGUGAUAACUUUCUUAAUUUAUCUAGCUUCGCCAAUGAGGAGACGAGAAAAAGACAUCUGUUUGCAUAUUUGUUGUGGCUCCUCGGGAAUCUAUUUCCAAAUUCACAUGGGGACGUUGUUGUCCCUGGUCUCAUCUACAUUGCAGAGAAUAUGGUAGAUGAACCUUUACCCGAGCAGCCAAAAUACAGCUUCGGUUCUGCCAUGCUAUCUCAUACAUACAGAGGCUUGUGUGAUGCCACGCAAAAAACCUCUUUCGCACAAAAAGCUCCAUUACUUUGUGUCGCCUAUGAGUUUCUACAGUUGUGGUCCUGGGAAUACCUCCCUGUAGGACGACCUCGUAUAGUACAACCCAUAUACCCAUAUGACUUUGGCGAGGGUGCUAGCGCAACUAUGGCCACCAGGUGGACAAAGGCACGGAAACGUUGGUCUCCAGAUAUUGCGAAAAAUUGUUACCCUAUGUACCACCAGCAGUUUGAGAUACUUGAUGAGGCAGAAGUCACAUGGAACCCGUGGACUCAGGACCAGCUAAAAUUGGUCUUUGAUGCUCGACACUUCACACCAGGCAUGUUGACCGAUAGUGCAUUCUGGCUGACUCGCAGCAACUUAUUGUUCCUGUGGUGUGUUGAACCUUACAACCCAGAGCGUGUAAUGAGACAGUUCGGUCUCUAUCAAGAAAUUCCACCACCUUUUCCCAGACGUAUCGAUGAGGAAACACAUAAGCUAACCAAUAUGGGCAGGGGUUGGAGUUUAUACGAUUGGAGGGAAGAGAACAGUGAAUGGGUACACAAGUGGACAAAUGAAGCGCUAGCAGAUAUAGUGCGUGAACUUAGGCCGUACGAUGGAAGUACAGAUCAAGCGUACAAGCAGUGGUACUGCAUGAACACACGUGCUAGCCUGGCCAGUCAGCCAGCUACUAUACCAACACAUCUCACACAAGAGGAGCAGGCGCGGAGACAUGUUGAGCUGCAUGCAGCUUACUAUCGUGACCACCUGGACACACCUGAUGUUAAUUGGGGCGAUGAGAACACCCAACGCGGCGUCAACACAGGCCUCCGAGGAGCAUCACAUGAUCAUGGCGUCAACACAGGCCUCCGGGGAGCAUCACAUGAUCUUGGCGACACGGUUACAUCAUUAGUUACAGAGUUCUUCGGAGGGGAUGUUAUUGGCCCAUCUUUUAUCCUCCCGGAGUCACAACCAUACGCCUACAAUUACGCUUCAGGUUCGCAACAAGGAUUCGCGACUCCACCACCUACGCAGGACUCGCAGACACAUGAAGCCGAAGUGGAGUACGGCCGCAGUCUUCGUGUGACCCGGCCAUCUAAUCGCUUGUCGCCUUCCGGUCGUAAGGAAAGGCCAGGUGGUCGUCGUUAA